UCCUGCUACGUGUAAUAUAAUCGAUGUUGUUUCCUUCGCCAUCUUGAAGAAUUCUUUCGUGUGGUAUCUCUUCGCUGGUACACGUGGGAGUCCAAGAUGUCGUCGCACUUGAAUUGGAUGAUAAUUCGCAACAACAAUGCCUUCCUUCUCAAGAAGCGCAACAUCAAUAAGCCCUUCUCCACGGAGGCCAACAAUUUAACCAAUCUGAGCAGUUUCCGCUAUUCCGGGGUGGUCCAUCGCAAGAGCGUAGGUAUCGUCGACACUCCUGAUAAGAAAGGAUUCACGGUCGUCUACAAAAAGGCUAAGGCAAUCAACAAGCCUGCCAAGGCCACCGUGAAGAGCACAAUGAAGGCAGGUGCUCGUCGUUCUCUUCACAAGUUGAAGGUUCUCCUCAAGAAGAACAAGUAUCGCGUAGAUCUUACCAAGGUUGCACUGCGACGAGCUAGCGCGGUUCUGAGAUCCCAGAAACCCCUCCCCGCUAAGAAAACGCGAACGGCUAAAAAGGCUGAUUAAUUUGUAUCAUUUAUUAAAUACACGUUUAAAUGUAA